ACGCCUCUAUUAUCAAACGACAACCGUCCAGCCGAAAGCCCAUUUCGCACGACCACGACGAACGACGAACGACAACCACAGACACGGCACUUACAUACACAGUACAUAUAGCAAAAUACACGGAACCCAACGAGCCCCUCCCCCCCGGCAGCACUCAGAAAACACCCCCAAAAUGUCCUCCUACUUCACCCCCUCCACCGGCCGCCCAUCAUCCUUCUGGGAAACCGCCUCCACCCUGCGCUGGGAUAACCUCAGCGCGCCGCUAACCCCCGCCGUACACAGACACCUGAGGAACGUGUACUCGAACCUGGCGGCGAUGCUUGCAGUGUCCGCGAUCGGUGCUUAUGCGGAUGUCACGGGGGUCGUGACGGGGGGGAUUUGGAGUGCGUUUGCAGGGUUGGGAUGUUUGUUGGCGUUCAACUACUACAAAGCCGCGAGCGGUCGAAACGACACCACCCGAAAAGCGCUUCUGUACGGGUUCGCCUUCCUAAAAGGCCUCUCCAUCGGGCCCCUCAUCUCCUCCGCCCUCUACUUCGACCCCUCCAUCAUCCCCAAAUCCCUCCUCGGCACCGCCCUCAUCUUCGCCUCCUUCACCCUCAGCGUGCUCACCUCCCCGUCCCGCAGCGCAAUCUACACCCGCGGGCUCAUCGCAACCGGCACCUCGCUCCUCUUCUUCCUGUCCAUCUUCAACCUCUUCGCGGGCUCUUCCCGCCUGUUCUCGUUGGAACUGUAUUUGGGCCUGUUGGUGUUUGCCGGGUUUGUGGUGUUUGACACGCAGGUCAUGGUGCAGAAUGCCGAGGUUGCCGCGCGCGCGGCGGGGAAGUUGGAUUAUUUGGAGGAUUCGAUGCAGCUUUAUGUGGACUUUGUAGCCAUCUUCGUGCGGUUGCUUGUGCUUUUGCAGAAGAAGGCGGCGGAUAAGGAGGAGGAUCGAAGGAGGAAGAAGCGGGAUGAAAGAAGGAGGUAGAUUUCCUGUGUGUUAGGAAGUCGAACCCGCACUGAACAUCUUUUGGAAACUAUCACGUUUGAAUACAUUCAGUAUCUGUCUCGUAGCGAAAUUCGGUAGC